AACAGAUCCAAGACUAAAGGGGCCCCAAGAUUCAAAGACUGCUCCAGUCUACUCUGGGGUUUCCAGCUGUUUUUCUUGGCCAGAUGAUCACACCCAUUGGGAUGCAGAUAGGGAUCAGGGAACAGGAAGCAGAACACUGAAGUCAGAUGAAUUAGAGAGGAGGCAGAUCAGAUGUUAAGGAGGACAUGAAAGUAGACGGCCCAAACACCGGACAGAGAACACCCAGAGGGGCAUCUUUUCAAGUGCAGGCUGUGCUGGGCAUGGGCUGGGCUGAAGCCUAGGCACACAGUGGCUAAUAUCUGGACCUGAGAUCAUGUCUGCCAACAAGGGCUGGUGGGUGCCACCUGAAGGUGAGGACAACCUGUCUGAGAAGUUCCUAAGGAAGACCAGGGAGUCUCCACUGGUGCCUAUAGGCAUAGGAGGCUGCCUGGUGGUAGCAGCGUACAGGAUUUACCGGCUGAAGGCUCGAGGUUCCACCAAGCUGUCCAUACAUCUGAUUCAUACCCGAGUGGCAGCACAGGCAUGUGCUGUGGGUGCAAUCAUGCUCGGUGCCAUGUACACAAUGUACAGAGAUUAUAUGAAGAGAGUGUCAGAGGAUCCUGACAAGUAGGACUCCUGAGGUGGCAGGAUGGCCCAAUUCCCCAGCGGUCUCUAUAUGUGCCUAAUAAAGCCAUGUUGAAGAAA